UGGAGCAUUUGGGGCCUGGGCAACCGUGGGCGGGCCGAAUGCAUUGGAGGAGCAAAGCGUUGGAUUUGGGCCGAGUUCCCAUACUGCAAAACUUGAUCACCGUUCUUUAGCAAGUAAGGCAGCGAAUUAGAUUAUGUUGAAGCACUGUGUGUUUGCCAGUAAGUAGUAAGAAGUAAGCAUAGUCGUUGAAUCGCAUGGAGUCGGAGUCGGAGCUUGGAAGCAUCGGAGAGUACAAAAUUUUGUGUCGACUGGGCGGCGGAGCGGGAGCGCAAGUGUGGAAAGCAGAGCACAAAAGGAGCGGCCAAGUGGUGGCGCUGAAACAAAUCCGCCUCUCCAACCUCACUCCCCACCUUAACAAUUGCCUUCACUCUUCUCUCACCUUCUUGUCCUCUGUAAAUCAUCCAAACAUCAUUCGCCUUUUCCAUUUCUUCCAGGCUGAGGACUGUGUUUUUAUGGUAUUGGAGUUCUGUGAUGGAGGGAAUUUGGCAUCAUACAUUCACCACCAUGGGAGAGUUCAACAAUGUGUAGCAAAAGGAUUUAUUCAACAGCUUGGAGCUGGUCUACAGCUACUCAACUCUCACCGAAUCAUCCAUCGUGACUUGAAACCAGAGAAUAUUCUCUUGUCCUUAUGUGGAAAUGGCCCAGUACUGAAAAUUGCUGAUUUUGGUAUGUCAAGAACAUUAAAUCCAGAUGAGUAUGCAGAAACUGUUUGUGGCACUCCAUUUUACAUGGCCCCUGAAGUUUUACAAUUCCAAAGAUACAAUGAAAAGGUAGACAUGUGGAGUGUUGGAGCAAUUCUUUUUGAAUUGCUUAAUGGUUAUCCUCCUUUCCGUGGCAGGUCCAAUGUUCAGCUUUUGCAGAAUAUCAAGUCAUGUACGCGCCUUCCUUUCUCUGAGCUAAUCCUUGCCGAGUUGCACCCUGACUGCAUUGAUCUGUGUUCAAGACUAUUAUCUAUCAAUCCAGAGAAGCGCUUGUCCUUUAAAGAGUUUUAUCAGCACAGGUUCUUGAAAGUGUGAUAAAAAGCAAGAGUUGAAAACCACUCCACUGAUAUAUGCUAUACUUUCUCUCUAUGGGUACAGGAAAGUUGUCUAAACUCUUUGGAUGUUUUGAUAAGAUUAUUCUUUAUGGUGGAUUGAUGGUGCCAUGAUUUUCUUUACAGUGUCAUAUCCAAGAGAAGAAGUUUGAUAUUUGGAAGAUGGUAUAAUUUUCAGUACAUUAGAAUGAUCAGAUCAGUGGAGAUGAAACCAUGCCAGCCUGAAUCUUAAAUGGCUUGUUACUGUUAAACUGUACUAUGUACUGAAACCCCUUGGGUGCGUAAUAAACUUUUAACUUUGAUAUUGCUCAGUUAUUCCCCA